ACCCCGUCACUCACUCUCUCUAAUUGUCGGCCACUAGUCUCCUGCCCUGGAUCUCAGGCUGUUGACUGUCUCCUCUCAGGACCCGUCCGCCAGACCCACAAUCCCACGCGCUGAGAACAAGAUGGAGGAGAGCAGCAGCUGCAGGAGAACAAUGUUUGGAGUUUAAAGACUCAAAGAAACGAGCAAGAAAAACAAACAAAAAAACAAAACAACGCACAGAGCCACCGGCGGCCAUGCACAGGAAAUUCUCUAUUGGCUACAGUUAGUUUUUUGCCUCCAAUCAUGAGUAUUAUUCAAGACAAACUUGGCAACGAGUUCCUUCGGAACGGCAUCAUGGAGCCUAACUUCCCGCCCGGUAUGAUCAUGUUCAGCCACCUGCCGCCAGUGACCAGCUUCACCCGGAUCGCUGCCCAGUCUGUCAUGCAAGACAUGCCUCAGGAGAUGGUCCUCAAGAAAGAGCGCUACUCCCCCAUCGAGAAGGCACAUGGAGACUUCAUCCACACAAUGGGCAUCAAGCAGGAGAAGAUGACUGAUCAUGAUUACAGAGUACCGAUGUAUGGGAGCUCUGGGAAAAAUUCUGAUCUUCUUGAAAUGUCUCUUGGAAACCAAAAUAUGUUAAUACAGGAUCUGAGCAUGAACAGAGAUUUAUCUGGUAGAUUAGGUAAAGAAUCAAAAGAGUAUUCUGGAAAGAAGACAAGGAGGUCUAACCCAGACUCUCAGGACACAAAACCCAGGAGAAAACGUGGGGAUUCUUCAAAGUCCAUGAUGGUGGAUGGAGAUGGUGGGAGCCUUUCCCCAAGUUCAAAACCUCACAUCUGUGAGCACUGUAGCGCUGCAUUUCGAAGCUCCUAUCACUUACGCAGGCAUGUGCUCAUCCAUACAGGAGAGCGGCCUUUCAGAUGCAGCCAAUGUAACAUGAGUUUCAUCCAGAAGUACUUGUUACAAAGGCAUGAAAAGAUUCAUAGUGGAGAGAAGCCGUUCUGCUGUGAUCAGUGUAAUAUGAGGUUCAUCCAGAAAUAUCAUAUGGAGAGGCACAAGAGGACACACAGUGGAGAAAAGCCAUACAGAUGUGACACCUGCCAACAGUAUUUUUCAAGGACAGAUCGACUGUUAAAGCACAAGCGAACCUGCGGAGAAGCCAUAAAAAAAGGAAUAGAGCCUGGGCUAUUAGAUCAAAGCAGCGGAGUAACUGGACACGGCAGCUACGAAAUCACUCAGGGAAACACAAGUGCUUCCGGACGCAAAAAGGGCAAAUCAAAAAAUACUUCCAGCGAGUCUAGCGAGCGUAAAAAGAAGAAAAUAAGUGAAACACAGAUGCCAAGUAACCUUAACAUGCAGGACUAUGCGGUUGAAAUUCCUAUUGUGUCUUCAAGUAACAGUCUGGCAGGCACUAGUAUGCACAACCUGCAUGCUCGGGCACCUAAAUUAGUCUUCAAAAAGGUCAACAGAAAAUGCUUGGAUAAAAACGAACUGCCUUUGGGGACUACUGAAGCUGACAUAGGUCAGAAGUUGCUGUCUGAAAAGCAGGGCUCUUUAGAUUCGGACAACAGCACAGGGAUAGAUGGCAUGAGCCUCCUUCAGAGUUCAACUUCCAAACAAGGCCAGACCAGCAGCAACUACGAUGACGCCAUGCAGUUUUUAAAGAAACGGAGGUACCUACAGGCUGCAAACAAUAGCGGGGACUAUGGUGUAAAUGUAGUGCACAUGGCCUCUCAGCAGACCGUUAUUCAAGGUGUGACCAGUGUUAUGGAUAGUGAAGCCUCUCUCAAUCUUCUUCACACUUCUCCCAUGAAUGUUGACAUAAAACCUUGCCACGACAAGUCUGGAAUACCUGAUGAAGUGUUGCAGAGCCUUCUUGACCACUAUUCCCAAAAAUCUGAUGGCCAGCAUGAGGUUCCUUUUGAUAUAACUGAUCAGCACGUGGGCAUGCACUCCUCUGGGGACAACCCUGAGAUUGGCCAGGGGGAGAAUGUGUGCUUGAAUUCCCCGUCCUCAUCGGGUGACAAAGCCAUCAUCAUGCACGAAUAUUCUAAAUUCCUACUCCAAGCUUUGGAACGAACGAGCCACAACAGUACCUUCCCUUUAGGGUCCGGCGGACCUUUCACUAAUCUGUCAUCAUCCACCCACCCCAGCAAUACCAUGUUUUCUGACAAGAACGUGUACACUACUCCCCCUCUUGAGUGCGGCUUCAGCCAAUCCGUUACCUCAGUAUUACCUGCCCUGUUGCCAAAGUCCCAUUUUGGAAUGCUGGGUGGGUCUUCCCAGCCCAGCUUCCACUUGAGCAGCAUGGAGACAACCCAUCAACAACUGACCCCUUCUCAGGAGCUCACAGACCAGAUUGAGCAGCAGCAGAAGAACCUCGAACCCUCUCAGAACUACCCGAUCACACCUCAGGAGCUGAGUGGCCAGAAAGAUCAAGCAAAAAACACUCCUUCCAGCUACCAGAUAUCUUCUCAGGAGCUGUCGACCCAGAUUGAUCCCUCCAAAAACAUUGACCUACGAGCGACGUACCAGAUCGAGAACUUUGCUCAGGCAUUUGGUUCUCAGUUCAAGUCAGGUAGCAGAGUGCCAUCAGCCUUUAACAGUAACUGUAGUGGAGUAGUUGACCAUAGAAUAAGGACUCCAGUGACAGAAUUCUCAGGGUACACUAGUUUGUUGUCUGAUGUUAAUGAGCCAGUUAGUACAAGAGUAAAGACCCCAAUGAGCCAAAGUUAUAGGUAAGGUCCUAGGCACGACCUAGUUGGAGGUAUUUGAUUUAUGAUUAUUUUUAAUUACACUGCCAUUAGAAUGUUUUUACAAACUCCUACCAGGAAUGGUAUAUGUGACGUCCUUCCAAUGCAUUUUUUUAUCCUUUUUUUCAUAUUUAGUCAUUAUAUUAGUGUAAUAAUGUUAGGUGAAAUCAUGUAAUGAAUUUUAAACAGACUAGGUAGCUGAAGACUAAUUUUUCAAUUAACCUAUGUGUUUUAGCAAUCAACUUUACAAUUGUAAAAAAAGAAAAUGGCAGGGAGUAGCCCAGUUUUAAAACAGCAAAAAAUAUCUUUUACAAGGAUAUUAAGUAUAUAUUAAGUAGGCCUAUUACUCAGGAAAUAAAGACAAAUGUAAUAAGUGGGAUUUUUUGGGACAUGCAGCAUGUGCACAUAGAGGUGCCAGUUUGUGACUAUGUAAAAUGAGCUUUUUCAUUCAUUAAAAAUACAAUAAUGGUUGCCCAUUCAAGUACACUGAUCACUCUUCAGUUACUUAUAUAGUCUAUUGUGGUUAAAAAUAGACACCUGUUUUCUUUAAAGGGCCAUAUAUAUUGAUUUUAAUAGCUCUUGGUCAUUCCAUUUUUUUUGAGACUAUAAAGUCCCCCAGGUGGUGUUUAACAGUAACAGCUUACCCUUUUGAUAUUAGAAUUGUUGUAUUUUUUUCUUCUAUAGCCAUAGUUAGUUGUAGUAUUGUGACGCAAUAGUAGUAUAAUGAGAAGUUUGGGUAAGCUGUAACUGCUGAAACGUAGGUAGAAUUUCCAAUGGAUGACUUUCAUACACUGAUGGCCAAUUUGUUUUCAUAGGAAUAUGACCAGCACGAUCUUAUUUUAUUAUUUAAUUUCCACCUAAAUUAUAAGGGUCUCACUUGACUUAAAUAUAAACAAGGUAAAACUGACCUUUGGCCCUGCUGUAAUACACAGAGGUGAUUGUUCAGUUGACUGAAGCUCCUAUGUUUGCAUGCCAGCCUACCCUGGGGGGUGGGGGGGGUGGGAGGGGUGAAAACAUGUGACAUUUGUGGGAAUAAAAUUACAGAAUAUGAUACAAGAAAGAGAAGAAAUCAGGGUCAGUUAAACUGGUAGGUACAUCAUUUGGAAAUGUAACAAAGCAUUUCAGGAUGGCAGAGAGAGAAUUUUUUCGGUUCCAAAAAUAUUACAAGGCUGACAGUCUGGGCAUCAAGUGCAAAAAUCGCUGGACCUAAGCCUGUGUUACCAAAAAAAAAUAUCUCUUGUCUGAUCCAGAAGUGUUAUUUCUACAAAUGAACUUAGAACAUCAAAUGCUUUGUCUUCCAUGCUAUUUAUUAAUUUUCCUGGAAUGGUGGAAAGGUUGUUUUUUUGUGUACCCUUCUCCAUCCUGGAUUUGAGCCCUUAAAAGUAGCUUAAAGACUGCAAGGCUGUAAUAUCAUAGGGAACAAUAACUGACCACUCAAAUAAUAUGCUAAGUUUUAAAUUAGAAUGGACCUUUAUAUACCUCAUAUCACUGUUUAAAUGUAACCAGGGACACAUGUAUUCAUUUAUGUAGCUGAAAUGCUAUAGUAUGUAUUAACAUUGUAUAACCAUGUUACAACUUUUAUUAAACAGUGUUUACAACUGUGGAAAGAAGAAAGUAUAAAAAAAAAAGAUAUUUUGCUCUGUAAAGCAUUAAUGCCAAGCAGUGUGCAGUCUGAGUUUCACAGUGAAUUUGUAUGUUGUGAAUUUUUUUUUAUUUUGCCAUUUGUGUUUUAAUGCAAUUUAGACAGGUAUUGUUUACAAACAAGUAUGUAUAAAACACUAAAUAUGUGUUGAACUUAUAUCAUGGAAUAAUUUUUUAUACAUUUCUUUCAUUAUCACCAUACCAAAUUUAAAGAUGUUAGUGUUUUAAUUUUUUAGUUUGUCUACAUUAAAUUUGUGUUUUGAGACCUGUGAUCUGACUUCUGCAGGACUGUUCCAGUUAAACUAAUUUAUUACUGAUUUGAAGAAAGAGAAAAAAAAACAUUAAAAUCUGUUCUAGUUAAAUUACGUACACAAAUUUUGUAAAUGUCAACAUUUUAAAAUGGUCUAAAAAAAUAAUAAUUUCAAAACAAUUCUUGGUAUAAAUACAUUUUCCAGUUGAGAUAGCUGAAUGAUCUGUAUUAAUGUGCAUUUACAGUUAAUGCCAAAUAUUUUUAGUUUUAAACAUAAAUUCAGAGGUAAAACUGAUUAACUUAGCCAAGUAGAACAAUUUUCCAUAGCUUUCCUGCACUGCCUAGACACUGUAAUAUACACGCUCCAAAAAGUUACAGCAAGUGUAUACAGGCACUCAUAGACAAACUUAUUUCUAGUAUGCAUGAUAGAUAUUAGGACAUGGGGACUGAUGUAUGUACAACUGGGAACCCCCUUCCCCAGUAUUGACUAAUGUUAUUGCUAUUUUCAUUACAGAAAUUUAGGUUUUAUAUAUAUAUUCUCCUUAAUUGUUUCCCCUUUUAAGGUAGUUUCAGCCAUUGCAUACCAGUUUGAACUAGGUGCAUAUAGGUCCAGAGGAUGCAUUACUUUCAAUUUAAGUAAUUACAUUUUACAGAUUUACACUGUAAAGCACUGAAUCUGAGAAA